AUGGGACGCUUUCACUACCUCCUGGGGUUGCUGCUCCUAUUCAUCACAUCCUCUCUUUGGAUAGCUCUCAAACUGCGCCAUGACUCGGCAGGUUUUGCACUUGGGUUCGACUCAUGCAUAUGCUCCGAGGAUGUCAAAGUGAGCAACAAAUCUCCUGCAGCUACGCCAAUCAUUUUGCUUUCGCCUCAAUCAACAGCCACAAGCACCCAGUCAACACCAACAUCACUCCCUGGAAAACCCAGCUAUCUCCCUGUGAAGAACUAUCAUGGACAUCAAAAACACUCGGCAUUCCCGGCCAAAUUAUGGCAAAAGUCCGGACCUAUGGGGAUAAACCCAGAUCGACAAGGCGAAAUAAACAGCUGGUUGCAAAAGAAUCCAACCCUUCGACAUGAAAUUCUCACCGAUGGGAGUGCAGAACGGUACGUCCGCGAACAAUAUGCAGACUACCCGCAAGUUCUCGAUCUCUAUACAUCCCUCCAAGUGCCGAUCCUCAAGGCCGAUCUACUCCGCCAGCUGAUUCUUUAUGCCGAUGGAGGAAUCUGGAGCGACCUCGACGUGACGUGCCAUGAACCAAUCGACACUUGGAUUCCAAAUGAAUUCAUUGGCAAGGCAACGGUGGUUGUUGGGUUGGAAUUUGAUGGAAUCCAAUUUUCAAGUUGGACUGUCAUGGCCAAACCCAGGACAAGUCACAUCGUCGCCGUGAUCCAGUAUGUCACCAAGAUGCUGGAGGAUUCUGCAACACAGCACAACGUCACCAUGGCUAAUCUGUCCAUGGAAAUGAUCAGCGACGUCGUUGAUGUGACGGGACCCCAGGCCAUGACCCGCGCGCUCUUCCAAAAUUUGGAGUUGGAGAUGGGCGUUCCUAUGGGACGUGACAAUAUCACAAAUAUCACUCAGCCGACACUCUUCCAGGAUGUUCUGGUUCUUCCUGAUGCGGCAUUUGCCGCUGGACAAGGCGGUUGGCCAAAGGAUCGUGGCCCCUAUCUCGUGGAACACCACUAUGCUGGUUCUUGGAAGAACAAAGAAGGUGGCGAGCAAGCAGAUGGCAGCAAACAGAGUGAUUCAUAG